AUGCCUGUUGUUUCUGUGCGUAUUAAGGCAGAAAGUGUAAAAUUAAACUGGAUUGGUGUUCCUGUACCUAAAAAUAUUACAGUAAGACAGUUUUAUGAAGAUCUUAUUGCAGGAAACAUUGUUUCUGAGGUGCAGUUGAAUUAUAAAGAUCGUCUGCAACCAGUUAAAGUAGAGUUUUUAUUUAACACAACUGGGUCUUUUAAUGUUGUUAGUAUGGAAUAUAAUAUGAUCGAAGCAAUUGAAGCUUGGGGAAUCAGAGUGCAGUAUUAUCAAACAGAUAGUUUAAUGUUACCACCUUCUGAAAUGUCAAUUAAUGUUUUUGAACAAAUGAUGAACAAUGCUACCAACUUUAAUCAUCUACCAACAUUUACUAUCUCAGAACAAUCAAAUGCACUAGAGAAAUUAAGAUAUGAUAUUGUUGAAUGGAUUUGUGAAAAUAAUGGUGGAUGGAGCAAAGAUACUGCUAUAACAACCGGAAAAGAAUUUGUUAAAGACUUAGCUGCUAUGUUAUGGUAUACAGAUAAAUGUGAUUCAGAAAAGUUGAAAAUCUGA